GACCAAAGCAAAUACAAGUUGUCAGAGAAAUAUUUCUACAUUCUACACUAUGUCAACAGGAUUUUACGUUGGUCAAACGCAUAAAGACAGGCGGAAUGGUAUUGGGAUUUAUUCCUAUCGAAAUGGUUACUACAAGUAUGAAGGUCAGUGGAUUGACGGGAAAAAGUGUGGAAAUGGAAAAUUUACUAUGAAGGAUGGAAGCGUCUAUGAAGGUGAUUUCAGCGAUGGAGAGAUAAGCGGAAAAGGCAGAAGAUAUUAUCCUUUGUCGAAAAGUGAAUACAUCGGUCAUUUCCUGCUUGGAGAACGUCAUGGCUACGGGAGGAUGAAUUAUGGAAAUGGAUGUAUCUAUGAAGGGGACUGGUAUUAUAACUCAAAACAUGGACAAGGGAAAUACUUGUCUACAGACGGAAGUAAAUACACUGGUGGUUUCGUUAAUGAUAAACGCAGUGGAGCUGGAUGUUUAUGGACAUCUGGGUUUGUCUAUUGGGGCUACUGGAAAAAUGAUGUCUUCAAUGGUACAGGCACUUUAAAACUCGCAAGCGGAACAAAAUACGAGGGUGAAUUUGUCAAUGGAAAACCUAAUGGACAUGGGAAACUGACACGCCAGACAAUUCUGCUACCCAGUUAUGAAGGAUUAUGGAAGGAUGGUUGGCCUUGUCAAACUGCCCAGUGCAUGCGAUUAUCUAUUGAAGCUGACAAAGACACUGCAGACAAAAUUCAUGCAAAUUUACUUGAAUAUCAGAAUGCACCUGCUAAAGCAGAAGAAGAGAACUACAAGUUGGCUACACUGUCAAGGAUGGAAAUUUCCACGGACGAAUUGAAGACGAAAUGCAGUGUUGAUAUUUGUGUAUACAGUGAAAAUCGUCGAAUUCUUAUUGAAGAAAGUAAUCGUCAACUUGCUCUAUGGGUGGGGAAAAUUUGCAAAGAGAAGCUACAAUGUCGCGUUCCAGUCAAACUACAGAUUCCACUGUCAACUCCAUUAUUAUCAUCCAUGGAAAGGAAUAGCAGCUUCACAAUAGAGACACCUUUUGGAUUCUCAGUUUGUCCAGUUGGUUCAGUUGCCUUGGUUUCUUGUAUCAAUGAAGAAAAGGUUGGUAGCGAAGACGUUUUAUCAUCAUCAUCAUCAUCGAAACCUACAGCUGAUACUGAUAACCUUCAUUUAGAAGACGAGGAGAUGAAGCUGAAAGUCAAGGAUAUUAUCCCUGAAGGCGAUACUGUGGCGACUGAGAAUCAACAUUUACUCAAUGAAAUCUGCAUCUACAGACAAGCGACUAAUCGUGGCUUCGUCUCAUUUUCUCUCACAAAAUCUACAAUGAAUGCCGAGAGUCCUCCUAGUUAUCUAAGUCAAAUGGAACAAGAGUCGUGUAGUAGUAGUGGUACUGUUAAAACGCGGUUUGACGUUUCCACUCAGAAUGACUGUAUUGAUCUGUCAAUUAUCGAAAAAUCAAUUCUACUGAUUGAGGAGUUUGCAAAUUCAUCAACAAGCGGAGAUCAGCUCGUUUUGGUUGUCGAAGAUAUAACGCCUCAAGAUGUGAGUAAUGAUGAAGGCAUCAUCAACUGUGAAGUCGACGCAAUUCCCUGCCAUAUUCUCAAGUGUCCUAAAAGACUUUCACCGCUUUUUAUAAAAUUGCAUUAUAAUACAGAUUUGAGCAGUUUGCAGUAAUUCUAUGGACAUGGCUUGUUG